AUGCUGAAGACUGCAAGGCAUCGCCGACACCUACAUUUCAACCAUCGAUGCAAAGAUCUUCAAGUUCUUCCACCGAGCUUGAGAAUUCAACCACCGGUUCGGACCCCCAAAGGCUGGAAAUUGUCGAAGACCGUGGGAUUCCAGUUUUUGAAAUUACGUAUCGAAGAUACACACAAGAAGAUUCGCACACUGACUCGAGAAAAGGAACUUGCUUUGGAUUUCUUAAGGUCACGCUUAACCACCUCUGAUCUUGAACACCUCGAGACCUUAGUUUAUGAACAGCAGAAGGAGGAGUACAGCAGGAUUAGAUCUGUGCAUUCGAAGAGACGAGUUCUCACCUUGAAGUCAAAUAUCUCAUUGCCCGAUGAUACAGGUAAUCGUGACAAGUGGGUGCUAAACAUCUCUAGCAAGCCGUUGAACAACACCGAAACGACUGCACUUCAGAAAGGCACGAACUUCGCCUUAGCUCCAAAGAAAAUACCAACAGCGGAAAUUAUAGCCGGUAUUGAAGACGGUAUUUCUGGACUACCGGAAGACGAUAAACUUGUGUUAAGAUCCCAAGUUUCGCAGGUUUUACAAAGAGUCAUCGUACCACCUCCAAACUUGCCACAAGCCGAGCUCAUAGCUUUACAUAAUCUCCGCAGAGACCAAGACCGACUCGUUAUCCCUGCGGAUAAGGGUAACUGUACUGUUGUCAUGGAUCGCAAGGACUAUGACGACAAGGUACAGAAAAUGCUCAAGGACCAAAGAACCUACAAGGUGUUAGAUAAAGACCCUACACAGCGAACGGAGAAGAAACUCAAUGAAAAAUUAGCCAAUCUUAAACGAGAGAACAAGAUCAGUGACAGUCUUUACAAAAGACUUUGCAGUUCUGAUGGACUGCCUCCUCGUUUUUAUGGUUUACCAAACAUUCACAAGCCUGGUUUCCCCUUAAGACCUAUUGUUUCGUUCAUAGACUCUCCAACUUACAUGCUAUCGAAACAUUUGGCGCAAAUCCUGAGUCCUAUGAUGGGUAAGACAGAUUUCACGGUCAAGAACAGUGUGGAAUUUUGUGAACAGAUGAAAAAUAUCCCACUCAAAGAAGAUGAAGAGCUGGUUUGCUUUGACGUUGUCUCUUUGUUCACAUCUAUUCCUGUGGAACUUGCCAUUCAAGUUGCUAAAGAUUUGCUUUCCAAUGAUGACACCUUGCAGGAUAGAACCACCAUUCCUGUCGAUGACAUUGUAGACCUGUUGGAUUUCUGUUUGUCGACAACAAAUUUCAAGUAUAACAACAAUCACUACCAACAGAUCUUUGGCACCGCCAUGGGCUCUGCAGUGUCAGCUGUUAUGGCAAACCUGGUAAUGGAAGACCUUGAAAAACGAGCACUAUCCACCUCUCUUUCCCAACCGUGUUUUUGGAAACGAUAUGUAGAUGAUGUGUGUGCUGCUGUUAAAUCCAACCUAGUGCUAGCCUUACAGAGUCAUUUAAACAAAAGCAAGCCGUCGAUCCAAUUUACGGUUGAAAGAGAGACAGAACGGAAAUAA